UGAUGCGAUGGCGCUGCCGGGAUCCGUGAACAGGUAUCUUCUGCUCAUGGCACAGGAACACCUGGAGUUCCGCCUGCCGGAAAUAAAGUCUCUGCUUUCACUUUUUGGAGGUCAGUUCACCAAUAGUCAGGAAACUUAUGGAAAGUCUCCUUUUUGGAUUCUUAGCAUUCCCUCUGAAGAUAUUGCCAGAAACUUAAUGAAACGGACAGUGUGUGCCAAGUCUAUAUUUGAACUAUGGGGUCAUGGAAAGUCUCCAGAGGAGCUGUAUAGUUCUUUGAAAAACUACCCUGUGGAGAAGAUGGUUCCAUUUCUGCAUUCAGAUUCUACAUAUAAAAUAAAGAUUCACACAUUUAAUAAAACGUUGACACAAGAAGAAAAAGUCAAACGGAUAGAUGCACUUGAAUUUCUGCCAUUUGAAGGAAAAGUGAAUUUAAAGAAGCCACAACAUAUAUUCUCUAUUUUGGAGGAUUAUGGUUUGGACCCAAACUGCAUCCCUGAGAAUCCACAUAAUAUCUAUUUUGGCAGAUGGAUUGCAGAUGGGCAGAGAGAGCUUAUUGAGUCAUACAGUGUCAAAAAGAGACACUUUAUUGGAAAUACAAGCAUGGAUGCUGGUUUAUCAUUCAUCAUGGCCAACCAUGGAAAAGUGAAAGAAAAUGAUAUUGUAUUUGAUCCAUUUGUUGGAACAGGUGGCCUUCUGAUAGCAUCUGCUCAUUUUGGUGCAUAUGUAUAUGGGACAGACAUAGACUACAACACCGUUCAUGGCUUGGGAAAGGCUAGUAGGAAAAACCAGAAAUGGAGAGGACCAGAUGAAAACAUUAGGGCAAAUCUUCGUCAGUAUGGUUUAGAGAAGUAUUACCUUGAUGUCCUGGUUUCAGAUGCAUCUAAACCUUCUUGGAGGAAGGGCACAUACUUUGAUGCAGUCAUCACUGAUCCUCCAUAUGGUAUUAGAGAGUCUACAAGAAGAACAGGUUCACAGAAGGAAAUACCAAAGGGGAUAGAAAAAUGUCCAGAAACCCACGUUCCUGUUUCCUUGAGUUAUCAUCUGAGUGAUAUGUUUUUUGACCUGUUAAACUUUGCUGCUGAAACCCUCGUAUUAGGUGGAAGACUAGUCUAUUGGUUACCAGUGUACACACCAGAAUACACUGAAGAGAUGGUACCCUGGCACCCUUGCUUGAAACUCAUCAGCAACUGUGAGCAGAAGCUUUCCGGUCGCACAUCAAGGCGCUUGAUAACGAUGGAAAAGGUGAAGGGAUUUGAGAACCGGGACCAGUAUUCACAUCUGCUGAGUGAUCACUUUCUGCCGUACCAAGGCCAUAAUUCCUUCCGUGAGAAAUAUUUCAGUGGGGUAACAAAAAGAAUUGCCAAGGAAGAAAAAUCUAGCCAGGAGUGAAAAUUAGGAUUUUGACAAUGGAGAAAGAAUAAGGAUUUGAUAGAAAAGACAUCUGGAUGUGAACUUUCAUGUAUGAUACGGAAAAUGUACUGUUUUAAAUAAUUUUAUAUAACAAAAUAAAUGCUAUAAAGUCAACUGAACAAUUCUUUUAACG